AAGGCGCUGCAGGAGCUGCUGAAACAAAAGACAGAUAGCUCCAACAAGGCCCUCUCUACACAUCAAGCAGGCACCAAAAAGAAGCAUCCACUCAAAGCGAAGAAUAACCAAGAAAUCCCAGCGAUCAACGGGAACGGGAAUGUGGUAAAGGCCAAACCCACAGAUGAAGGGGACAGUGGUUCUGCUAAAAACAGUCCUCCUUCGGUUAAGCCGAAAUCCGAGAGGGUUGCAUUGGGCAAGAAUAUAAAAGGCACCAAAAGCAAUGAAAAAGGCUGCCAAGAGAAAAAUGGCACUAUUUUAAAGGAGAAAGGUGAUAUAAAACAUAAGAGGAGGAAAACUGAAGAACAUGCAGAGCAGCAACCCAAAGAGCCUGAAAUAUGGUUUGAUGACGUCGAUCCAAAAGAUAUUGAAGCAGCAAUAGGACCAGAAGCAGCAAAAAUUGCUAGAAGAAAUCUGGGACUCGACACAGGCCAAGCUGUGGAGCAGGUGCUGGUUAAAGAAAAGGCUUUUGAAGGGUUGACACGAGCUGUAGCCAUGGACUGUGAGAUGGUGGGUGUGGGACCCAAGGGUGAGGACAGUAUUGUGGCUCGGGUGUCCAUCGUGAACCAGUUUGGAAAGUGCAUUUAUGACAAGUACGUCAAGCCCACAGAAGAGGUGACUGAUUACAGAACAGCGGUUAGUGGCAUACGCCCUGAAAAUAUAAAUAAAGGUGAGGAUUUUAAAACAGUUCAGAAAGAGGUUGCUGAAAUCUUGAAUGGAAGGAUUUUAGUUGGACAUGCUUUACGCAAUGAUCUAAAGGUCCUAUUCCUUGAUCAUCCUCAGAAGAAGAUGCGUGACACACAAAGAUACAAGCCUUUCAGACAGAGAGUCAAGAAUGCACGGCCAUCACUGAAACUGCUCUGUGAGAGAUUGCUGAAUGUUCAAGUGCAGACAUCAGAGCACUGUUCGAUUCAGGAUGCCCAAGCAGCUAUGAGACUGUACACGUUAGAGAAAAAGAACUGGGAAGCCGACGUUAAGAACAAAUCUAACAACAAAAAUCGCAAAACUUGA